UCUUCGUUCUCUGUUCCCUUAAUCCCUUCUCUGUAAUUUCUCUCUUCGAGUCAGCCGCUAAUAUGACUUUCGAAAUUGGCUCCUACACACAUUCCUUCUCUUCCAUGGAAGCCUCUUCUUCUUCUUCUUCUGUAAAAACCUUCAAAUCCCCUGCUUCCAUCUCCACCGGAGAAUCCCCUAUCACCCUCAAUAAUGCCAAUUUAACGGUCGAGGAUCGUCCUAUGUCAGACCGAACUGUCCUUGAUCCUUCUCCGUCUUCAAUACCCGUCAAGAGAAAGAAGAAAAAACGAAACUUGAAGGAUGUUUCGGCGACUCCGGCUUCGUCGUCUUGUAAUUCGCAGCGGGGUAUGGGUAUGCGCGUGGCAUACAAACGCUGCAACCAGAAGUUACAGCUAGGUUCGGCGCAGCGUGGCGGCGGAGCUAAUCUGGAGGAGGUGGCGCUUCCUCUGGGAAUGUCGUUCGCGGCAGUUGUGGCUCAAGUUUUGGAGAGGAAAGAUGCAGCUGGUGAAAGGAUGCCCAUUGAUCAUCUGUCGAAGAUCUGCUCUUUGGCAGUUAGAGAAUCUUUAGCCAAUGUUUUUGGGGACCAAUUCGAUUGUUUUGUGAGGAACUUUGAGAAAUCAUUUGGAAGCACACUGAGGACGCUGAGGCUGAUUAAUGAAUCAUCUAUGAAUAUGGGGCAAAGUAUCAAAAGCUCUGAUGCAGACGCGACACUGAAGAAACGAGGAGGAUGUACGAGCAUUUGUGGUGAAGCUGCUUGUCACUCAGCAAGAGACUUGCCUGCUCUUUCAAUUCAGAAUAUUAUGAAUAUGGCUGAAGAUUUAGGAGAGAAUACGUCUGCAGUUUGUGUCAACCAGGAAUUUGUCCUGCGCAGACAAGAAAACCAUCCAGCAUGUGUUUCUCCUAGUAUAUUAGGUUCUGUUGUAAAUAACCGGCUCAGUACCUUUGAGAAAUCUGUCAUGGAGCAGGCCCGCUUUAAUGAUCUAAAGACAGUGGAGAUAGGGCUUGCAAUGGAAAAAUUAAAGUUCAAAGAAGCACAGUUAGCUCUACAUUAUGAUUCAAAUAAACUGGCAAGAUCAAAAUUUACCAUGGGUGUGUCAAAGGCAUUGUUCAAAGCAGAAAUGUUCAAGAAUCAAUUAGAAGAUGUGAGACAUGCGGAGCUGCUUAGAAAGUGCAUAGACUCUCUUGUAGCUGGUUUGAUUAUCAUGCUGGCAGCCCUCAUAUCUGGUGCCUACUUUUUUUCUUAUGAAAGGAUUACUGAAGUUACAUCGUCCUGUUGGCCUUCCCCACAGGACUCCAAGUGGUGGAUGCCACAACCAUUUGCAUCCUUCAACUCAGGUUUCAAGACUUUCAAGUGCCAAGUUCAAGUUAUGAGCAAAAUGCUGUUUGGCAUUUCAAUGAUUAUUGUAAUUGUGUAUUUGCUAGUCCAACGAGUGGCAAUCCCACGUCAGACAAUGCCAGUUACCUUUAUACUCCUGCUCUUAGGAGUUGGAUGUGGUUGUGCUGGCAAGCUUUGUGUAGACUCAUUGGGAGGAAGUGGACUACAGUGGCUCUUAUAUUGGGAGAUUCUAUGCUCAUUGCAUCUUCUGUGUAAUCUUUGUACAUCAACUGUAUUUAUUAUCCUCCAUGGACCCGUCACUGUGUCUCAAGGGGAAAAAAGGAAUGCAAGAAUUCCCUAUUGGUUCCGACGAUGCUUGUUCUAUGCCAUCGUGAUUUUUUCUCUUCCAUUGUUCGGUGGGUUGCUGCCUUUUGCAAGUCCUGGUGAAUGGAAAGAUCGCUUCUUUCCCCUGGUCACUAAUCACGAAGUUGAGCCCCACGAUUGAAGCUAGCGGUGAAAAAAUGGUUUGAGUUAGAUUCAAGUAUUUUUUUUAUGUUGUACGGGCGGCUUCCCAAUUGUAUGUUUAACUAUCUCAUUUUGUCUGAUUAAUUCAGUUAGUACUGGAACCUCUGAUCUUAGGCCAGUUAAGGGCCCGUCCAUUGAAGAUUGGGAGUUAAGAUUGUAAUGCUAACAUACUGUACUUAUAGUAGUUUAAAGUGGGGUGUAUUAAUUUUUGGAGGUACAUUGCCUGCCUCCAAGUAGCAAAAAGUCAAAUGAAUGUGUUAUGAUAUCUUGGCUGUUAAAAGCUACAUUGAACC